CUGUCUCGUCCGGCCGCCAAACCAGUCCGACUUGAGUCCCGUUCCGUGUCGGAAGGUCGCGUAGCGUCCUGGUCGUUUACCUGUCGUGUUUAUUGUGCUAUAUUUUUUUACCGGCAGGUUGGCAUUAUUUACGAUUAUGCGGUCAUAACAGCUGAUCGCUCGGUGUGGUGAAAAAUUGACAGACCACUGUGUGACUAAGUUAUCAGCUGUUUUAUUUCAUUUAUUUUUACAGAGAGGGAAUGAGGAAGCGUCGCCAUGUCUACCCUGACCGGCGGCAGGGCAGCUGGAUGUGACCAGAGGCGCCAUGUCUCGACGGCGACGGAUGGUCCAGUCUCUGAUCGGAGCGAUGUUGGGCCUCGCCACGGGACUUUUCCUGCUCUCAAGCGACGGUCCUUGCUUUCGGGAGGAGGAGUUCCUGAUGAAGGUAGUGCCCGAAGUAGAAGAAGAAGCGUCUUCUAUAGUCGGUCUCGACCCUUCGGCGUUCCCGAAUAACAGCCAGAAGAGCCUGAUCUUCGUCGGGGUGAUGACGGCGGAGAAGUAUUUGCCAACGAGGGCCGUCGCUGUUUACGAAACUUGGGGGAGAACGGUACCGGGCAAGAUCGCCUUCUUCUCCUCCGAAGUCUCAAAGAGGCCGAAGGACUGUCCCGAUUUGCCUCUGGUCAGUUUGAAAACAGUGGACGACUCGUAUCCACCCCAGAAAAAGUCCUUUUUGAUGCUGAAAUACAUGUGGGACAACUUCGGAGACCGAUUCGAAUGGUUUUUCCGCGCCGACGACGACGUCUAUGUCAGAACCGAGAGGCUCGAGUACUUCUUGAGAUCAUUGGACUCCCGGAAACCAUAUUUCUUGGGACAGGCCGGAAAAGGAAACCAGGAAGAGUUCGGGCUCCUCAGUUUGGAGUAUGACGAGAACUUCUGCAUGGGAGGGCCUGGGAUGAUUAUGAGCAGAGAGACUUUGUCCAGGAUCGCUCCUCACAUUCAGACGUGUCUGCAGAACCUCUUCACCACUCAUGAGGAUGUGGAAGUGGGCAGAUGUGUCCAGAGGUUUGCUGGGAUCCCGUGCACCUGGGCGUAUGAUAUGGUGAACGUGUUCUAUCACAACUAUACGGAGAAGACAGCCUUCACGGGGCCUCUCAAGUCCAAGAGUGUACAUGAUGCUGUCACCCUUCACCCCAUCAAACAACCGCAGUACAUGUAUCGGCUGCACAAUUACAUCCAGAGUUUACGAGUGCGAGAUCUUCUUCAGCAGAGGGUGGGACUGUACAGAGAGUUGGUGUACAUGGCAUCUCUAGUCAACAAGUCUGUGGAUAGAGUGUUGCCGAGUAGAUCUGCCAUACUAGCAGAGUUACCUAUGUUACAGAGUUUACGAGUGCGAGAUCUUCUUCAGCAGAGGGUGGGACUGUACAGAGAGUUGGUGUACAUGGCAUCUCUAGUCAACAAGUCUGUGGAUAGAGUGUUGCCGAGUAGAUCUGCCAUACUAGCAGAGUUACCUAUGUUACAGAGUUUACGAGUGCGAGAUCUUCUUCAGCAGAGGGUGGGACUGUACAGAGAGUUGGUGUACAUGGCAUCACUAGUCAACAAGUCUGUGGAUAGAGUGUUGCAGAGCAAGUUUGCCGUACUAGCAGAGUUAUCUAUGUUACAGAGUUUACGAGUGCGAGAUCUUCUUCAGCAGAGGGUGGGACUGUACAGAGAGUUGGUGUACAUGGCAUCUCUAGUCAACAAGUCUGUGGAUAGAGUGUUGCAGAGUAGAUCAGCCAUACUAGCAGAGUUACCUAUGUUACAGAGUUUACGAGUGCGAGAUCUUCUUCAGCAGAGGGUGGGACUGUACAGAGAGUUGGUGUACAUGGCAUUACUAGUCAACAAGUCUGUGGAUAGAGUGUUGCAGAGCAAGUUUGCCGUACUAGCAGAGUUAUCUAUGUUACAGAGUUUACGAGUGCGAGAUCUUCUUCAGCAGAGGGUGGGACUGUACAGAGAGUUGGUGUACAUGGCAUCUCUAGUCAACAAGUCUGUGGAUAGGGUGUUGCAGAGUAGAUCAGCCAUACUAGCAGAGUUAUCUAUGUUACAGAGUUUACGAGUGCGAGAUCUUCUUCAGCAGAGGGUGGGACUGUACAGAGAGUUGGUGUACAUGGCAUCUCUAGUCAACAAGUCUGUGGAUAGAGUGUUGCAGAGUAGAUCAGCCAUACUAGCAGAGUUACCUAUGUUACAGAGUUUACGAAGUUUACGAGUGCGAGAUCUUCUUCAGCAGAGGGUGGGACUGUACAGAGAGUUGGUGUACAUGGCAUCUCUAGUCAACAAGUCUGUGGAUAGAGUGUUGCAGAGUAGAUCAGCCAUACUAGCAGAGUUACCUAUGUUACAGAGUUUACGAGUGCGAGAUCUUCUUCAGCAGAGGGUGGGACUGUACAGAGAGUUGGUGUACAUGGCAUCUCUAGUCAACAAGUCUGUGGAUAGAGUGUUGCCGAAUCUUCUUCAGCAGAGGGUGGGACUGUACAGAGAGUUGGUGUACAUGGCAUCACUAGUCAACAAGUCUGUGGAUAGAGUGUUGCAGAGCAAGUUUGCCGUACUAGCAGAGUUAUCUAUGUUACAGAGUUUACGAGUGCGAGAUCUUCUUCAGCAGAGGGUGGGACUGUACAGAGAGUUGGUGUACAUGGCAUCUCUAGUCAACAAGUCUGUGGAUAGAGUGUUGCAGAGUAGAUCAGCCAGUUGUGAUUCCUGUGUUAUUGAAGCUCCUCUGUUGGGUGUGGAGCUCAGUUUGAAUCAGUAUCAGCCAAAGAUAUCGGAGGAAGUUCUUACGUGGGAUUUCAUCUCAAAAUCUCUCUAUUCUGACAAAAACCUAAAUCCUCGCAGACGACCAGAAAAAGCUCUCUACGUUGGAAUUGAGGAUGCUGUCAGAGAGGUAAUGGAUUUAAUAAAUGUCAAUGCAGAUCAGAAAGGCAGAGAGAUUGACUUUAAAGAACUUCUCUAUGGAUAUUUCCGAAUGAAUCCUAUUCACGGGUCUGAUUAUAUUUUCGACUUGUUGCUCACUUACAAGAAGUUCCGAGGCCAUAAGAUGACGGUUCCAGUGCGCAAACAUGUCUACUUGCACCAGGCUUUUACAGCUAUCGAGAUUCGAGAAACAUUUGAAAUGGAAGACAUUUUGAAUAUCGUCCCGUACACCGAGGUCGAGAUGGACGUUAUCACCGAGGAGCUGACGGCCACUGGACUUCGGCAGCCUUUGGAAGCAGGAUUCUUGCGGCUAGGACAGACAGCACAGGGCACUGCACUCCAGCCUCCCACCUCAGUCGACAAGAAGGGGGUCUACGAUAUUACUGACAAGUUGAUCAACUUCAUCCUUCCUCUCUCUGGGCGGCACACCACAUUUCUCCGAUUCAUCGAGAACUUCGAGAGCAUCUGCUUGAAAUCGAAGGAGAAAGUAACGCUCACCGUAGUGCUCUUCCCGAACGAUAGGGAAAACAGUUUCAAUGAGACGAUCUCAAUUAUAAAUAGGUUACAGGAGAAGUAUGUUUACACGAGGAUAACUGUGUUGCCAGUGAAUGAAACGUUUGCGCGAGCCCUAGCACUGGAAUACGGUGCUGCUCAUGUGACGGAACCGGAUGAUUUGUUGUUUUUUAUUGACGUCGAUAUGAUAUUUAAUGCUGAAGCCUUAUUGAGGAUCCGGUUGAACACUGUGAGGGGCAAACGUGUAUAUUUUCCAAUUGUGUUCAGUCAGUAUGAUCCUCGUAUAGUGUACAAUACUCUGGAAUCACCGGCACAUUUCCGGAUCUCUCAAGAUACUGGGUAUUGGCGCCAAUUCGGGUUUGGAAUCACCAGCCUGUAUAAGACUGAUUUACGUCGUGUCGGUGGUUUCGACACAUCAAUCAAAGGGUGGGGGAAGGAGGACGUUGACCUGUUCGACAAGUUUGUAGCUAUAGCUGAGAACGUGACGAUAUUCCGAGCUGCCGAUCCGGGGCUGGUCCAUGUGUUCCAUAUGGUGGAGUGUGACCCCAACCUCACCGAGACGCAGCUAGAGAUGUGCAAGAACACGAGAGCCUCCACCUACGGCAGCCAGGCGCACCUUGCGCAGAUCUUCUGUAGGGACCGGGAAAAAUACUUGGCUUUCUUGAAGAGCAAGAAGAAAUCCGGAAAAAGAUGAUGUUUGCUUUCCUUAUGCAAUUGGAAAAUAUGGAAAUUUUUCUAAAAGAAUUGUGGCUGUAUUUCUCUAAUUUUAACUGAGUAUAAAACGGAAAUUCUUGAAAACUUAAUAAAAGGUUAAAAAAGUAAGAGAAAAAAAAACAAACUUUUGAUUUAUGUCAUGUUGUAACUUGAAAUUGAAAAAUAAAAUUGUUACAAUAAUGCUGAAAACUAUAGCCUAAUACUUUACACUGUGCAUUCACAUUCAAAAGUAUUUUAGGCAAGGGACCUUAAAAAUACUCUCCACAUAAAUUAACAAUUACUGAAGUGUUAUAGAUCAAAAGAUGAAUUUAAAAAUGAAUGACAAAUACGAUUUUAUUACAAGGACAAUACAAGUAUUUUUGAAAAUAUUUUAUAAGCGAAUAUAGGAACUUAAUAUUACAAUAAUGGUCUUGUAUAGUUAAUGAAAUUUUUGAAUAAUAUCAUAGUUCCUAAUACGAAUAGUGUGUACGUUGUAAGAGUUUAUUGUCCAGUUAACUUUGUUUUGUAUGUAAUUUUAUCUCUGGUAAUGCCUAUAGUAUCUAUGGGCAACUCUUUUCUGCACUAAACUAGAGUUUUUUCUGAUGAGAAAUUUCAUAUCCUAAAAAUACUCAAUUAUGGCAAGAAAUAGAUUUACCUUUUUUUAAGAUCUGGCUGUUUUGUACAUAUACCAUAUAGUAAAUGAAAUUCUUCUAGUAAAUUAGGUAAUUAAAAGCCAGUUUCAAAUAGUUUAUCCAAUACAAUAAAGUGCCAUGAUAAAUGUUGUGUUUUAAGUCAAUAUUUGUGUGUUUUGUUAUGUAAGUUUAAGGACAUAAAAAUUUAAAUUUAGAACCAUUCAAAUGGUGAAAUAAUUUGGAGGAAGGAAAACAAUGACAAUACCAUUUUAAGCAACCUACAGAAAACAACUAAUUUGGUAAUUCAAAGUGAAAUAAUUAUUGUAAUUUUUUUUGUCUUCCGUCGUAAAAUAUUUUAGAUUUACUCAGAUAUUUAUUUCAUAUCAGCCACAAUAUAAAAACUUGUUUGUGGAAUUCUAUAACACCUACUGCUGUCUCGUCCGAAUUCUUUAAUUAUUGAUGUAUUCUCUAUUUCUCUUGUGCUGCCAAUUAUUUUUAUGACUUCAAUGUGAUCAUUGUAUUUAUUUAAUAAAAAUACAUUUUUAAUACUA